UGGAGCUGGCUCAGUAUACUUCAUGGAAUAGCCACUGUUGUGAGACACACAUCUUUUGCAAAGGUGUGGCUUUCUAAGGCUUUCUUCACCCCAACUCAAAACUUCUUCGUGGAAGAUACAUUCCCCUUCUACUCUAGAUAUGUAGAUAUGAAGAUAUGAAGAUGGCAUUCAGUAAUUAGCUAAGACAGCAAUGUUCUGGGUUGUCUGUAGAGGCCACAGAGAGUUUACAGCCAGAACUAUCACAGUGCCUCAUGUGCUUCCUGGUCAUGUUCUCCCAUUCAUUUUCUAAAGUGCGUGUGAGACCUGAAGCUGCUUCCUAACAGGCGCAUCUUGUUUUCCUUCUGGUUUCUUGAAAGGAUGAUAAUCUAUAAUAAUCUGUAAUCCAUUUUUCUCCAUUCUCCUGGAGAAAAACGUUCCAGCAGGUCUGCACCUGAGCCAAGGGGCCUGUCUGUGAUGCCAGUUUAACAUUGUGACCCACCUCUGCAGCCAGUUAACUGAGGUUCUUGGUAACACAUCCCUCGGGGGCAAUCACAGUGAAACAACACUGAGUGACCAGUGUGUGAUUUUUAUCUGCCAGCAUAAAACUGCUGCUGGCUGCAGAUGAUUGUAAACAAUAAAAAUAGUAGAGCUUCAGUUAAGUCAUAGAAGGCAGUGUGGGCAAGGAGCCCGUGAACAAUUGUAAAUGAAACUGCAUCUCUGAAAGAAGGAGAAGCAAAGGGGCAAUUUGCUGAACAGCAGCCAUCAAAAUAAAAUCAAGCAGCAGUCAGAAAUUAUACUGUAAGGUAAAACUGUGUUUCUGGCAGAGCUCUGUCAUGGAUGUUACCUAGGACAGUUCACAGCCUUCACAUGUCCAACGAGGCUUUUCCUGGUUCUUAGUGCAAGGUCAAGCAGCACACCAUUCCUAGUGGGAUCCUCACUACCUGUGUCAGGAAGGGAUCAUCAAAGCUUUCCAGGAACCUCCUGGACUGUCUGUACUUUGCUGCGUCACCUCUCCAGCUGUCAGGGUGGUUAAAGUCCCUCACAAAGAGGGGAGAACCAGGACCUGUGUAUUGAGGCUGCUUUGAGCACCCUGCAUUGUGGCAUCACGGUGGCUAUGGAAUAAGGAAGCUGUGUCCUGUGCAGGACACCCACUGCAGUCUCUAAGGGAUGGGGGAAUAGGACAACCUGCUUGGCCUGGAGGAGGCAGAGCCACCCACAGCUCCCCUCGCCAUCAGGCUGGCCUAGGACAGCGUGACAGAGCAGCCCUGCAGGCACACAGCCCCUCAGCCAGGGGCAGUACCUGAGCAGCUGACACCCCAGCUGCCCCUGGCCCAGCAGGCCAAGGACAACGGAACAGCGCAGCAUCCCGAGGCUCUGGAGUGCAGCUGGGAUGCUGGCAGAAGGCUUGGCACGUCCAGAAAUGCCAUGGCAGGAUCCCCAGAUGUGGUGAGGCAGAGGCAGACAGGGCAGGUGGCAGCUGCCACCAUCGGCUACCACGAUGGCCAGCAGUACGCGGCUGAGUCGGAGCGGCUCAGGAAGGCCAGGCUGCGUGUGGAGAAGGCCAUUAAGGUGAGGGGUUCGGUUCCACAGUGCCCCGAGAUGGCACAUGCUGGCAUUUGUGCCCCUGUGGCUCAGCAGAGCCGGCUCGGAGCGCAGGGAGCGCAGGCUGAGCUGGCUGCUGUCCCGCAGGAGAAGAAGAUCUUCACCGUGCACGGCCCCUACCCCGUCAUCCGCCGGCUGCUGCGUGCCCGGGGCUGGGUGGAGAGGAAGCUGCCCCUCAAUCACAAGCAGCUGAAGCAGCAGCCUGCCGACCAAAGCAAACAGCAGCCGGACAGGGGGGCAAGCGGUGGCGGUGAUGAGCCGGGGGAGGCAGUGCUGAACCCGCCCAGCGGGGCACAGCCUUCCCUGGGCACCGCGGAGCCCCUGCAGCACCCGUGGUGCACAGCACACGAUAAGGAGAACGAGGGGGAAAGGGAAGAUGAAGACGAGAACGAAGAUAAGGAGCAGUGCAGUGAGGACUCUGAAGACAUCCAUGACCUCAUGUCCUUCCUGGUGCAGGACCAGGUGCCAAACUUCCUCUGGACCAUUCGCCUGAGCAGCGUUGACCGGGAGCUGCUGGCGAGGAUUGAGGUGGUGAACCGCUAUCCCCGGCUGGCCGCCCUUUGCACCAAGGAGGGGCUGUGCCAAAGCCUGCAAAACUUGUCCUGGUUCGAGCAAGUCGACUUCAACACCUUUUUCCCCCGGUGCUACCGGCUGGGGUUCAAGGACGAGAAGGAAGCGUUCAUUGAUGAUUUUUGCCUGACAGCAGCUCGCAGCCUUCUCAAAUUGGCCCUGGAGAAGGUCGGGGACAGGCCGGUGGGGACAGAGCAGCCCUCAAAACCCGACGAGGUGCCGGCAGGGCCGUGCUCGCCCCUGUAUCCCGAGCUGCUGGAGGAGGCCCUGGAGGUCUGUGAGCAGCACCUGGGAGUUCUGGGGCACCACGACAUCGACAGGAGCACCCCGUCGCCCUGCCGGACAUGCAUCGACUGGGACCGCUUCCUGCCGGAAUACUACCGUGUGGCACACGAGGGGGCCAGGCUGGAGCUGGACAUGGAGCAGCGCGAGCGGUGCCAGGAGCUGCUGCAGCGCCUGGAGGAGAAGCUGCCACAGCUCGGCAUAGAGGGCAGCCUCAACGUGUGGAUCGUCAAGCCCAGCGCCAAAUCCCGCGGCAGGGGCAUCGUGUGCGCGACGCGGCUGGAGGAGGUGCUGGAGCUGGCGCGGAGCUGCGUGGGCACCCCGGCGGGCGUGUGCGAGUGGGUGGUGCAGAAGUACGUGGAGCGGCCGCUCACCAUCUUCAACACCAAAUUCGACAUCCGGCAGUGGUUCGUGGUGACUGACUGGAAGCCGCUGACCGUCUGGUUCUACCGAGACUGCUACCUGCGCUUCUGCUCCCGGCCCUUCUCCCUGUGCCACCUGGAGCCCGCCAGGCACCUCUGCAACGUCUCCAUCCAGAAGCGGUACAAAACGUGGCAGCCGGACCCCCGCGUGCCCCCCGACAAGAUCUGGUCCAACAAGCAGUUCCAGGCCCACCUGGCGUGGCUGGGGCGGGAGAACGCUUGGCAGCGGGUGAUGGUGCCCGGCAUGAAGGCGGCGAUCCUGAACGCCCUGCGCUGCGCCCGGGACCGGGUGGGCUCCCGCAAGGGCAGCUUUGAGCUCUUCGGGGCCGACUUCCUCAUCGGGGAGGACCUCCAGCCCUGGCUGCUGGAGAUCAACUCCUGCCCCACCAUGAGCCCCUCCUCGGCGGUGACACGCCAGCUGUGCGCCAACGUCCAGCGGGACACGCUGCGCCUCGUGCUCGACCGCAAGGACAACCCCACCUGCUCCAUCGGUGCCUUUGAGCUCCUCUACAAGGAGGCAGCCGUGUCCUCGUGUCUGACUGCAGGGCUGAGGCUGAUGGUCACGGGCUGUUCCCUGAAGAAGCCCCAGUCGGCGAAGCAUCGAUCCCAGGACAGGCUCCCCAGGUCUGCACCCUCAGGGAACAGAGCCGCCAAGGUGCACAGGUCGAGGACGUCACGGGAAAAGCUGCCUCCUAUGGUGCUGCAGGGCAGCUGCUGCCUGCCCAAAUCUGACCCUCCAGCACUGCCGCGGGCCCCAAACGGCUCUGCUGGGAGCCAGGAGCUGCCGUGGCUCCUUCACCUCGAUGGGCAGUCCGGGGAGGCUCAGCCCCUGAGGAGUAGCUGUUCCAUGGAUAGAGUGCCAGGACCACCAAGCCAGGGAGCCACCAGGAGCCUCCAGCAACCCCCAGGCUACUCUGCUGGAGACCAGGAGUUGCCGUGGCUCCUUCACGUGGUGGUCGGGCAGCCCCAGGAAGCUCAAGCCCAGACAGCUUUGCAGCCGACCGCCAGCAGCUGUCCUCUGCACAGGGGGCCUGUGCCACCGCCCCGGGGAGCGACCAGGAGCCCCUGGCUACCUCCGGGCGGUUCUGCCAAGAACCAGGAGCUCCUCCGCGUGGCUGGGCAAGCCGAGGAUGCUGAGGCUCAGUUAGCGCGCCCCCAGGAAGCUCAGCCCCCGACCAAUAGCUGUCCCCGGGACAGGUUGUCACCGCGCCAGGAAGCGCCCCGGAGGCCCAGGCGACCCCCGGGGCGCCAGGGAUUGCCCCGGCUCAGUCAGCCGGGUGGGCAGCCCCAGGCUACCCGGCCCCACAGAGCUCUGCCCCCGAUCAGUGCCCGUCCCCCGGUGCGGGGCCCCGUGCCACAGCCCCCGGCAGCGCCCAGCAGACCCUGGCGGCCCCCGGGCUGUGCACCGACCCCCGUAGGGCUUCCUGCCAGGCCGGCGCGCCUGCCGGCGCUGUGACAGCACCGGGAGCCCAGCCCCUGCCGGGAACAGGAGAACGGCAGCUCCCCAGGGCAUGCAGGGGA